UUUUGUUGAAUACUUCAAUAAUCUCAGGCCUAAUGGUGAUUCUAUUGACCAUCUGUAGGUUUUGAGUCAUUAUUGUAGAAUCACUUAUAAAAAGAUGAUUUGAUUUUAUUUCUUCACAAUUUGCCAUCAUUUGAAUGUCCUGGCAAAUCUUUUAGGAAAUGCAGAGGAACAUGUUUCCUGGCUGUAAUUCUGGAGGCAUGGGAAGCAUGGGCAUCAACCCACUGAUGUUCUGUGGAGGAAUGCAAGCUCACCACACUCAUGCUGCUUCAUUAUCUCAUCACCCUCCUCACCCAUCACAUCACCAUCAUCCACACCACCACCAACACCAUCACUUACAUCAUCAUCCAGCUUCACAGUUACACCCACCUCCCUCCACACUAGCUCACCAUCAUGCCCAGCUUCAUGCUCAUGUUCCAGCCGUCCAGGCUCCUCCUGUGGAGGCUGUUCCAGCUGCUGCAUGUAAGGGCAAGAAGAGGAAGUCGUCAAGCAGUCCUGCCAGGCCUCCAAGACCUGAGAAGAAAACCUGCACUGCUGGCAUCCUUGAGCACAUGAAAGACACAAAUUUAGUUGUGCUAUCUGAUGAUCACAUCCUUAUUAUGAAAGCCAAGUAUCCAAAGGCACUUCAUCAUUACAUCGUAGUUCCUCGUGAAAACCUCGCCAGCCUGAAGAAUGCUGAGGCUCGUCAUUUAGCUCUCUUCAGGCACAUGGACGAGAGGGCGCGCAACUAUAUUGCUUCCCAGAACCUACAAGUUAGCUUCAGGUAUGGCUACCAUGCAAUACCCAUCACUGACCAGCUCGUCUACCUGCACGCCAUCAGCCAAGACUUUGACUCGCCUUGGCUGCGCACCAAGAAGCAGUGGAAUUCAUUCAACACUGAGUACUUCAUUGAGAGCACUGCUGUGCUUCAAUGCCUUGCUAGCCGUGGCAGGAUGGUGACGUGUUCAGCUGCUGAUGGUAAGAGACUCCUGGAAAUGCCCAUCAGUUGCCAUAAAUGUUCUCAUCCAGCCUCGAGUAUGAUGGAACUCAAGCAACAUCUCCUGAAGCAUCUCUUCACUGGACCCCUGAUGCCUGAUGUUGCUAAAUCGGUCCAUCCCCUCUGGCCUACCGUACCAUCAACUGGACCUAAGAAGAAAGAAGGUGGACCCGUUAUCUCUAAAGCAGCUAAGAGAAGAUAGCAAUUAGCGAAAUCGUCCACUCGUGCUGCUAACAGACAAAAAAAGAUUGUCUCCUCUAAGAAAGGGAUACAAAAGAAGCAGCAAAAGGGGACGAUUUCAACAGAAGUCACUAAUGAGAUCAGAGAAACUGGACCCUCCGCAAGUGGAACUAGUUCGAGUGACGCGCCAUCAAUGCCGAGCAAUCCAUACUCUUUUGGGGACCACUACAAGAGCAACAAGCUUUCAUUGCCCACACAGGGGCUGUACAGUUCACUCCGCCUUGCUCCUGUAUCGACGGUUGCAUCCCAGCCCAAUACUUCAAACUCCGUCAGUACUACAGCUCCAGCAAUCUCAGCUCCACUACCUGAUCCUAUGGCAUGUUUCAAAGGCACUGCACUCGUCAAGACCACAAGUACAUUAAAGUCGGUUGGAAAACCGUCCGUGACGUCAUUGACUUCGCUGCAGUCCAACAGUGGGUCUAGCUUUGUGGUCACUUCCAGGCCGUCAAGUACUAAUACUUCGGUGACUCAAACAAAAUUUCCUAAGAACAACGUUGGCAGCGUUCCUUCUAUUGUAACUCCUCCUGCGUCAUCUGACCCAAUGGCGUGCUUUAGGAAGGUUGAUGCCCAUAUUGCUAAUGAGAAAAAUCUGAACAAUAUUUUUAGGACCCAGCAUCCUCCUCAAACAAGCUCUCAACAAUCGGGUGCUUUGCAAGGAAUGACUGCAAACCUGAGGACUAAUUUACCUUCAAGUGUAAACCAAGGGACAAACAUUGGAUGCAUUCAGGAGGAUAAUUCAUCCAAGAGUAAAGCAGUUGGCCUACGAAUGCCGAGCGCAAGCUCCCUAAAUUCUUCUUUGAGACCCGCCACAGCAAAUUUAAAAAAUCCCUCUACCAGAUCAUUAAAUUCAGUACCUGUUGUGAGGAAUACGACGUCAAACAUUGGGAAUUUUUCAUUAGGACUGAUGUCUUCACAGUCGGGCUUCACGCCUAGUCUUAAGAACCCGUCUUCUGGACUAAAAACAUCAUCUCCCGCUUAUUCCCCGCUAUUUAUAUCGACAAAGAAUUCACCAGGUCUGAAGAGUCCACUUUCGACGAUACAGUCACCUAUGAUGAGCAACCAACGCAUGAUGCCCGCAUCAUCUGCACCCAGUUUCACAUCUGCAAAUACCGAAUCUCAGCAGGAGUCACAAGAAGAAGAUAGCUCGUUCACUUUCCGCAACCCGGUGUGCAUCUUUAAGCAUCCUAAAUCAACUUUCAGGAAGCAGAUGUCGGGGUCGAAAACUGCUUCGGUUGUGAGACGUCCUGUGAUCCGUCCCCCGCCAUCCAACCCUCUUGCGUGUGCCAUCCGCCACGCCAACUGGCGUAAGACGUUCAUGGAGCUCCGCAAGCCCAAGGUCUCUGUCACGCUGGCAACCGCAAUCACCAGCACUGCAAUUACCACGAGUACCACCAACUCUUCACCAGUCAGUGCUGCAAACGCUAGCACCUCAUCUGUGAGAAGCGAAUCCAGCUCUGCUAUGGCUGGGGAAGGCAGUGGAAAUGCAGCUCUAGACGAGUUACAUGUUACUGAUGCAAUAAAUCCUGAUACAAGACAUGGUAAAAACUCCUACGUCGCUCCCAGUGACUUGUGCUCUGGUGCGUCAACAGCAACAGAGAGCUGUGGUAGUAGUGAUGAAACUGGAACCCAAGAUGUUGAUGCGAAUGCCUCAGCUACCGUCAAUGACACUUGAGUCGACACUCAGCAGAUUCUGUUAUAAUUACUGUGAAAGACGAUGUUUAGGGUUCGAUUGUCCUAUAAUGACUACGAAGCUGCUUCAAUCUAGAGAUGAAAAUUGUCGUCAGUUAUGUCCAGAAUAUAUGUCGUUUCUAUUGAAGGCCGGCGACAUGAGUUCUGUGGCAACUUCAUGGCAUUAAAGUUUCUCUGUGGCUCCCAAACAGCAAGCUCAUUUAACAUUUUAGAUGAAAGUUUUCAUCGCAGUAUUUGGUCAUUGUUAGAAAAUGCUGAUUUAACAAGGAAUGCAAUUUAAGGAAAGAAUAUGAAUGUGUAGAAGUGUGCUGUUGUACUUAAAUGCCAUAGAAAGCGGUUGUUUCGCUCGUGUGAAAAUGAGACGUUUAAUGGUAGUUUUAAAAAUUAAGAUUUUAAGUUAAUAGUGACUAGAAAACACUUGAUAACAUCCAACUAGUUCAUUCCAGCUAAGUGGCCAUCGCCAGAGUAGGAAUAAUAUCGAUACUAUUUGAAUCUCGCAUUGUCUACAUAUUUUUUUAUCUACGAUUCUCUUAAUUUUUAAGUGAUUAUAAUUCAGUAAUUAUUUCUAUUGUAGAGUUUUAGAUUGCUUGUUAAAUGUCUUACGCAGUAAUGCUUAAUAUGAAGGAAACUAGCAUGGUAGCUAUGGCAUUCCACUUGCAAUACUCGGCAAGCGUGCAAUUUGUGAACUUUUUUUUGGUUUUCAUUGCGUUUCAAGGCACUUAUAUUUAUAAAUGGGCUUGAGCUAUUGUUUCAGAUCUUUCAUUUAAGAUGAUGGGCUGUCUGACUUCUCAUUAUCUUCAGUAAUAUCAUAAUGCCGCAGCGUUCAAUUUUUUUAAUGAAAAAAAAUAUGUGCGAGAUGCACAUCUCCAAACAGGCACGGAACUAUUCAGAUUUUCCCUGGCUCAUAAGAUGUUGUAAUUCAUGGUUCAAAAUUCAGCAUUCAUCACAAGUACGAGUACUGAAUUGUAUCCAUUGAAAAGCCACUCUAAAUAGUGGCAUGUAAGUUGGUAAGAAAGCACACAGUGUGAGAGGCCCUGAGUUGAACGAAUAACCAUGUCAAAGUACUAUACUUCUUUACAAAUCUUAUCGCUAUCAACAUUAAGGAAUUUCACAUUACAAGCUUCUGCGCAUGAAGUUUACAUUUCAUUUUAGUUGCCUGUGAUAACGUAUCUUGGUCAAGCAUUCACUUCACUAACAUGCAUUGGGUUCACAGCGCACUGAACAAUUUUAUGUUGUGUUACCCUAAAAUUGAAUUGGUACCCAUUUUAAAUGGAAUAUAUUUUAUGAAUUUUUAAUUGACGACGAUUGAAGUAAUGAAAAUUUUGUUUUACACAUUAAAAAGUGAAACAAUUUAUCCCACAGUAAGCGAUAGCUCGGUAUAAUUUACUCAAGCUCCGAGACACAACUUAGAAUUGUGUUACAGAAUUUUUCAUUUUAUUGUUGAAAUUAAAAUGAAUAAACAUUUGUAAUGUUUUCGAAAUAAAUUCCAGAGCUUAAUGGUAAAAACUGUUUCUCUUUACUCUAUAACAAGAGACUUGUGACAAUCUAAAGAUUUAAAUCGUUAUAGAAUUAAAUUUUCGUUCCAACUAAAGUUUGAAGUGUUUACUUUACACUUCAAACUUUACAUAUGUAAAGUUUAGUGCGAGACGAAACGAGUCAAAAGCGUGAACUUGAAAUUGAAGCUCCGAAACUCAGCCCGAACUGAGUAAGGGUAUCAACAUUUAACAUAGAAGAAAUGAGCCUUAUCUAGAUGAUACUCCUGGGUUCUUCGCCCUUAUUACAGGCUCGGUUCAAACUAAAGUUGCUUUGACUUGCCAUUCCAGUAGAUCAGGUACUACCAUUCAUAAUUCAUAAUUCUCAUUGUCUUCAAUGAGAAUUAUGAGAUUUUAUUCAAUGAGAAUCCAUUCAUAUUUCUCAUUGUCUUCAGAAACGCGGUUCGAGUGUUCGUCCCCAUGCCUUAACCCAUUAUAUACUGACGGGACUUUCCAAGCCUUCGCCCAGACCUAUGUGUACGGAUAGUUA